GAGCACAGCAAAGUAGGGAAGAGAAGAAUACGCGCCGUGUGCGUCGUGCCCGCAGAAAGAGUUUGGGAAAGCGGGAGAGGGGGAAUGCAAGAGAGCGUGCUGUCGUCUCGGCGGUCCCCUCCGGACCCCGAGGAGGUCGAGGAGAACGGCGACGAGUCGAAGACGAGGAAGAACACCACCCCCUUCGCCACCAGGGUCUCCAAGCACGCGAGUGCCGCCCUCUCCGGCCAGUGCGCCGCCGUCUUGAUCUUCCUCCUCAUCCUCCUCGCUACCGCCGCCUCCUUUCUCAUCUCGCGCCCCGUCGUCUGCGUCUCGCCGUACGAUUCCCUUGCCCGCACCGCACUCUUCGGGGCCACCCUGGACGGCCUCGCCUCCGAUUUCGGAUCCCUCGGCGUGCCCUGGUGCAGAUCGAAACAAGGGAAAGCAGUAGAGUGGACUCGGAAGGACUUGCUCAAAGGCUUGGAAGAGUUCGUGCCGAUCUACGAGACUCGUCCAAUCAAGAACAACAUGUACGGCAUGGGGUUCGACCACAGCUUCGGUCUGUGGUUCAUGGCGCGAUGGCUUAAGCCAGAUUUGAUGAUAGAAAGUGGCGCCUUUAAGGGCCACUCUACGUGGGUCCUGCGGCAGGCCAUGCCGGAGACGCGGAUAAUAUCGCUGUCGCCCCGGCACCCGGAGAAGUACUUGAAGAAGGGGCCAGCCUACGUUGAUGGGAACUGCACCUACUUUGCUGGGAAGGAUUUUGUGGAUUUUGGCAGCGUUGAUUGGGCGAGCGUGAUGAAGAAACAUGGGAUUUCUGAUCUUAGUAGGGUUCUCGUAUUCUUUGAUGAUCACCAGAAUGAACUGAAAAGAUUGAAACAGGCUUUAAAAGCUGGCUUCCUGCAUCUUAUAUUUGAGGAUAACUAUGACACUGGAACCGGAGACCAUUACUCACUAAGACAGAUAUGUGAUCAGGACUACAUUAGAGGAGGUGGGCAUAGCUGUUUCAGAGAUAGUGAUGAAGCACGAAUAAGGAUGAAAAGGAAGAAGUUCUGGGAGAAGGCUGUGGACAGAGAUGAACUAUGCGGCGGUGAUGAAGAAUGGUGGGGUGUUCGGGGUUAUAUGAGAGAUGAUUUUAACCAUAGCAACAAGGCAAUCUCCUAUGACGAACAUUUUCAAAACAGCAGGUUUGUGGAAUCGGCCUUGGAUGUGUACUGGGAGCUCCCACCAGUUGCUGGUCCCUCGCUCACUCACCAAACCAGAUAUGACCCUGCCCGUGCUUCUGAUCCAAUAAUCGAAGAUGGAAGGUUUGGCUUAUUCCAAAGGCUCGGCCUGGCAAGACUUGGAACUUCAGUGUUCAAUGGAUAUACCCAAAUGGUAUACGUUCAAAUAUCUGCCUCGUCUUAGAUCGUAUGUGCAAAAUGUCAGGUGUCGUUUCAAUGCGCUGCACUUGGGACUCUUUUAACCUGUUUUCUCUAUUGUGACUCGGUUUGCAGUUGUCGCUUGUAGAACUUUACAGUGUGUAAAUAUCUUUGCUCGUUGUGUUUGAUGCA